CCAAACGCCCGUACCGUACACAAUCACCUCCGCACGUUUGUCCACACAAAGUGUCUCUCCCCGUGAAAAAGUCCAGAAAAUUCAAGUGCCAAAGUCUCCUAUCAAUGCUCUAUCCCCCAAAGAUCCCUAGAAACCGAUAACAAGCCCGAAGGAACUCGUAGAACUCUCAAGUGCUUGGAUAAUAUAAAAAUAAAAAAUCCAUUGGAACGGAACAAAGCGUCGGCCAUUCUCCAAGCGUUCCCCUGUUUCCCUCGAAUAUCCAACAAUUUUCCACCCCUAGAUCCUCCAUAUCAACCCUAGAACCGACUGGACCUGACGGGAAGUUGGUGGCAAUCGAUAAGAGGGCAAUUUCUACUAAAGUGUUGCGAGGAAGAAAUGAAUUCUCAUGGGAGAAAAAUCAGGUAGAGUUUGUCUUUGAGGUUGGGACGUGACGAAUCAACAGAAGCGAGGGGGGUGGUGGGGAGCACCCGUCUCGAUAGUUAGCACACCACUCCACUCAGGCAAAAUGGACGAGAAGGUUGGUGGCGAGGCGCAGGUUUGCCGUUUGUGUGGACAAUUCGAGAGCAUUUACAUCGAUGUCUUUGGGGACGAGGGAACGAGGCGACUCCUGGGGCUGAAAAUUCACUCGAGGAUCAACAUUCUGAUCAAUGAGAAUGAUGAGCUGCCGAAGACUGUUUGCAUCAGGUGUGUGGGGACGCUGGAGUUUCUCUGUGAUUUCGCCGAGCAGUGCCAGGAGACGCAGCAGAAACUCGCGGAAAAGGAAGACGCUAACCCCUCACCCCAACAAAUCGAGGAAGAAUUCAACAAAGAAAAUGUUAUUUCCUCUAAACAUAAGUCCCUCUCACCGCCGGCUCCGCGCAAGUCAAAAACACCGGUACAACCAUCUCCCCCUUGUCAAGACCUUGAGAACAUCCCGCCACUGGCCGAAUCGCUCCAAUCCACUCCAGAAAUCUGCGAGAACGUCCUCUCGGAGAUUCCGCACACGAAAAAACAAAAAACCGGAAACUCGCAGAGGCGACUUCCGAAAAUCCGCUCGGUUACAACCUUGACCGAGGCCCUGAGCUCCCUGACUCCUAAAUCCGAAAUGAAAGGUGCUCAGAACCCUCUGAGGAGGAAGCCUUUCCCCAAAUUCGCGCAAGGUCUUGAAAAAAACCUCGAGAUAUCGUCAGAUCCACCAAAAGUAGUAGAGGAGUCAGUAAUACCGCCGAAGCCGGUAGAAAUCCGUCGAUCUCUUCAAAAAUUCAUUCGGGACCCUGAUACGUCGUCUUUAGUAAUCAUUGAAACUCUAAAAACUGUCAAAACUCGAGAGAAAUCUCCACAAGUCGACGAAACUUGCAAAAAACUCGAGGAAAUCGAAGCUAAAGUUGAAGAAUCGGUAAAAGAAGCUGCCCAGCAAACUCUAGAAGCACCUCUAAAAGUUUCCCAACUACCGGAACAGCAAAAUGAAGAAUUGCUCAAGAAAACCCCCAUAUCACAACCAAAGGAACCAUCAGAUUCAUCAAAAACUGACUCACCUCAUCUCCACAAGACUAUCCCAGAGGCUCAGAAACUCGGAAAAACAAGUGACUGCACAUCGUCAUCUGGACCAUCUAGACCGGUUGGAGAGGAGUGUCUCCCUAAGAACGGCUCACGCUCCUCAUCAUCCCAGCCCUCGAAAGCCACUCAUAAUAACUGGAGAAACUCAGAGUCAUCAUCCAACUCGUCAGAAUUCCGUCGUCAUCGUCGUCGUAGGUCUUCCUCAGAGUCCUCAUCCUCUUCAGUUCUCACCUCGACCUCCUCCUCCUCAAAACGCAGGAAGUCAGGCGCCAUCUACGGCACAAUUUCCCAGCUGAUUUCUUUGGAGGAGAAAGAAGCCAUCGAGAAGUUCUACACAAUCGACAUGUCCGUGGUGAACGAUUCCGCGGUAGAGAAGAAACUCAACCAUCUCGACAAGAAGCAGACGAUGUGCGUAAUCUGCAGCGCGGUCUACCCCAGGAUCGACAAGUGUCGGGUUCACGUCUGGGGACACCUUGACAUGAAACCGUACAAGUGUACAGCGUGCGACUUCUCCACAGUGACAGUCACCAACAUCAGGUGUCACAUAAGGAAGAGCCACCUCAAGAUCAAGCCCUUCGAGUGCAAUUUCUGCAAGAAGCGCUAUGUCACGGCGGUUCUUCUCGAGGAACACCUCAACACUCACAGCGGCCUGAGACCCUUCAAGUGCACCGUCUGCUCCUUCUCGAGCGCCUCAAGACAGGUUCUGAGCUACCACAUGACCACUCACAAACCCGUUAAGGACGUCACCUGCGAGAUUUGCGGAAAGGAAUUCUUCUCCAAGGGCCGCAUGCGUGCGCACAUGAUCACUCACAACAAAAAUCGCGAGCUCAUGUGCAAGUACUGCUCACACCAUUUCAGCUCGGCUGACACCCUGCAGAAGCACCUUGACAACGUCCACUCGAGGGACUACGUCUGCGAUAUCUGCGGAAAGGCGACCAAGAGUCGAAAAGCUCUUCAUAAUCAUCAGAAUGUCCACUCCGAGGCCAAGUUUAAGUGCAACUUGUGUCCAAAUGUCUACAAGAGCGGGCACAUACUCAAGGAGCAUCUGCUCAAACACGAGGGCAUCCGAAAGUACAAGUGCGAUGUUUGUGACAAGGAUUUUGCCCAGCAGAGCCAUCUGGCUGCACACAUGGCAGUUCACAGUGAGAAACGGUUCAAGUGCCCUGGCUGCCAGAGGGCUUUCAAUCGACAUGAUAACAUGAAGAUUCACACGAAACGCUGCGGAAUGUUCAAGGCCAAUCCUCAUUUACAGCAAGUCUUGAAUACCAGGAUCAAAAGGCUCAAGGAUCAUAUGAAUGUUGAUGAGGAUGAUGAGCCCACACGGAGAGAGGAAACCUUCAGCAUUGGACAGGUUAUGGUCAUUCCUAUCACUGCCGGAAAGGGGGAGGAGUGCAGGCUUAAUAAUGAGGGGGGAGUCAACAUUACGGAGAGUGUUAUCGGCCUUGAAUGCUUUUAGAUGGAAUUUCAGAGUUUUCAACAUUUGAAAUGAUGGAAAAUUCGGACCGGCCCAUUUUGCUCCAUUUUUUUCCAUUUAUCUAGAUUGGGGGGUGGGGUAAUCAGAGAAGAUUCUGAUGAUGAAGAAAACAAAUACUUUUAGAAUUAUGAAUUUUUUGAAAU